AUGCAUACCAUAGCUCUGGCCAUGAUCGGUGGGCUCGUCGGCCACGCUGCCGCCGAGACGAUCCACGGAGCCCUGGUGUUCUCACGCCAUGGGGACCGAACCACCAAGCACUACAAGGCCCAGGCCCUAACCAGCCUCGGCGCCGAGCAGGUGUUCCAAGUCGGCAGCGACUACCGCGCACGCUACCUGGCGUCGGGCUCGCCCCACCAGAUCAAGAACAUCUCCGAGUUCCAGUACCAGUCUUCACAGAUCUACGCCAGCGCGCCGGACCAAGGCAUCCUGCUCAGCACCGCCACCGCCUUCCUGCAAGGCCUGUACCCGCCGCUGGGCGACAUCAAGCCCUCGGCGGCCAGCACGACCCUGGCCAACGGCUCCACCGUCUCGGCGCCCCUGACAGGCUACCAGUAUGUCACGCUGCACGGCGUGAACGACGACUCUCCGGAAACGGUCUGGAUCAAGGGCGACGACAACUGUCCCGUCCUCACCAGCGCCUCGGCCGACUUCACGGCGAGCGCCGAGUACCAGUCGAAGCUUGCAUCCACGGCCGACUUUUACCGCAGCCUGCAGCCCGCGCUGGCCGACGUCGCGGACUACGCCUCGGGCGGCGACAGCGCGCUGAGCUACGCCAACGCGUACGACAUUUUCGACCUCAUCAACGUGGCCCGCAUCCACGACAACACGUCGGCCGCCGCGACGCACGUGACCGACGCGCAAAUGGUGCAGCUGCGCACCCUGGCCGACAGCGCCGAGUUCGGACUCAACUUCAACGCCUCGCAGCCGCAGCGCUCCAUCCACGCGCAGACCUUUGCGGGCGCCGUGUGGGCCCGCCUGAACCAGACCGUGUCGUCGGCCACCCGCGACCCCAAGCUCACCCUCCUGGCGGGCAGCUACGACACCUUCCUGGCGUUUUUCGGCUGGGCCAACCUGACGGCCGUGUCGGCGGAUUUCACGGGCUUGCCGGACUAUGCCUCGACCAUGGCGUUUGAGCUGUUCACGGCCGGCGAGGAGUUCAGCAAGGAUGAUCUGCGCGUGCGCUUCCUCUUCCGCAACGGGACCGAGGGGAAACUGACCGCUUUCCCGCUGUUUGGAUCGGGCAAGGCGGACCUUUCGUGGGACGAGUUCACGUCGGCAGUCCAGGACCGCGCCAUCAUGUCGGUCGACGGCUGGUGCGAUGCCUGCCAGAGCGAGGCUGCCUUCUGCUCCACCUUCAAGCUGAGCGCGGCUGAGAAUGAGGCUGAAGAGAGGAGGAAGGGAAGCAUCGCGGCGAUUGUGAUUGCUUGCGUGUCCCUUGCCGGUAAUCUCGCGCUGCUUUGUCUGUUUGUUCGUAAGGCUCUCCGGACGCGGGCCGAGAGGCAGCGAGUGGGAGUGCUGGCGGCUAAGGACGUUGACAGCGUUCGAAGCUACGAGAAGGAGAGUGUUUAG